AUGGUUGACAUUGGGCUCGUAGAAUCAAAGGGUUUUUUGAUGGACUCCUUUAGUCCUGGAAUGGACAAGGCUAUCGGUUGCUACCAUGCCUCUGUUCAGGAAUUGAUUGUCAUUGACGAUCUUUUGUCUGCCUUGGUUGGAAUUGAAGGACGGCAUGUUAAAAAAGUUAAAGGGAAGGAGGAUAGUAUUACCUUCAAGGUUGAUGCAUCUAUGGAUUUAGCACUUCAGGAGUCGGCGAAACGGGUAUUCCCUUUGUGUGAGAGCUAUUUGCUGAUUAACCAGUUUGUUGAGUCAAGGUCUCAGUUCAAGGCAGGCUUAGUUAAUCACGCCUUUGCUGCUGCACUGAGAGCACUUCUUCUAGUAGCUGGUGGUGGAUUUGGUGUGGUUGAUGGUUUUAAUGCUGUGGAGGUGGGUGAUGGGUGGAGGCUGUCGGUUUGCUAUGGUGGUUGA